AUGCCCCAGCCCGUUCCCCCCUCCUGGAAGGACCUCGGCAAGUCGUCGUCGGACCUCCUCCUCAAGGACUACCCCAUCCACGGCACUUCUCUCGAGGUCAAGACCCUCACCCCUUCCAACGUCACCUUCAAGGUCGCCGGCAACCGCGACUCGAAGACCAACGUCAUCAACGGUGACAUUGAGGGCAAGUACGUCGACUUCAAGAACGGCCUCACCGUCACCCAGGCCUGGACCACCGCCAACGUCCUCCGCACCCAGGUCGAGCUCGAGAACCAGAUCGCCAAGGGCCUGAAGCUUGACCUCGCUACCACCCUCAACCCCGCCAAGGCCCAGAAGGCCGCCAUCCUCACUGCCAUCUACAAGCAGCCUUCGGUCCACACCCGUGCCACCGCCGACCUCUUCAAGGGCCCCACCUUCACCGCCGACGCCGUUGUCGGCCACGACGGUUUCCUUGUUGGUGCCGAGGCCUCGUACGACGUCGCUUCGGGUGCCAUCACCCGCUACGCUGGUGCCGUCGGCUUCUCGGCCCCCGAGUACGCCGUCACCCUCCACGGUCUCGGCAACCUCUCGACCUUCUCGGCCUCGUACUACCACAAGGUCUCGAAGGACGUCGAGGCCGGCGCCAAGGCCGUCUACGACACCAAGUCGACCACCGGCGGUGUCUCGCUCGAGGUCGGCGCCAAGGCUUACCUUGACAACGCCGCCUUUGUCAAGGCCAAGAUCAACAACGCCGGUGUCCUCGUCCUCGGCUACACCCAGGCCCUCCGCCCCGGCGUCAAGGCCGCCUUUGGCCUUGCCCUCGACACCACCAAGCUCAACGACUCGACCGCCGGCACCGCCGCCCACAAGGUCGGUGCUUCGUUCAACUUCCAGUCGUAA